AUGAGAACAAUGAGAAUAUUUUUCUCAUUGUGAUCCAUUCAAAGUUGCCGCUAUUCUCGCGAAGAAUCAAAUGCCGAUCUGGAUGUUGAUUGGCCAUUAAUUCGCUAGAUGGGGGGAAAAAUCAGCUAGGUGGGAGAAUGACAGCGCAUGCGGCAGUAAUUUUACCCACUUGUGAUCCUUUAAAAAUUGAAGGUCUGAUCAGCUGUGCCGCGGGUCUGUUGACCCAUUGAUAACAAUUGUAUGUAAGGUCGUGUAGUUCGUAGUUGCGUUAUUUUCUUUUUCUUAUAAGUUUGAAGUAGUUCGCUACGAACACCCAACUAUUCCAGCAAGUGAUCAGUUGAGCUUGCGUCAGCACAGUAAAACGUUCUGCGAAAAUGUUAUCAAUAUUGAACGUCGCUAAGAUAUUUUCAGCACAUGCUAGAACCUUUAGUUCCAAAGUGAAUCUUAACGAUGUGGUCAUCGUUAGCGCCGUACGAACACCCAUGGGGUCCUUCCGAGGGUCUCUAUCUUCUCUGUCCGCAGGGAAACUAGGAGCUGUUGCUAUUCAGGCAGCGGUGGAACGUUCCGGUCUUGCCAAGGAACAAAUCUCAGAGGUAUACUUAGGGAACGUUUGCCAGGGUGGUCAGGGGCAAGCUCCAGCCAGACAGGCUGUGAUCUUUGCAGGACUUCCAAAGUCAACAAUUUGUACGACUAUCAAUAAAGUGUGCUCAAGUGGAAUGAAGAGCGUGAUGCUUGCUGCACAAGCUCUGCAAUGCGGGCAUCAAGACAUCAUAUUAGCUGGUGGAAUGGAGUCAAUGUCAAAUGUGCCAUUUUACAUGAAACGUGGAGAGACAACGUAUGGUGGCUUGAAAAUAGAGGAUGGAAUAGUGUUGGAUGGCCUUACGGACGUUUAUAAUAAAUUUCACAUGGGCAAUUGUGCUGAAAACACUGCAGCAAAAUUGGGUAUUUCUCGCGAACAACAGGACGAAUUUGCAAUAAACAGUUACAAACGCAGCGCCGCUGCUUACGAACAAAAGGUUUUCCAAGAUGAACUUGUCCCCGUCAACGUCCCACAAAAGAAAGGAAAGCCCGAUAUUGUCUUCGCAGAAGACGAAGAAUACAAAAGAGUUAGCUUUGAAAAGUUUCCAAAGCUCAGUACUGUCUUCCAGAAAGAGAACGGCACGGUGACAGCUGGGAAUGCGUCGACUUUGAAUGAUGGAGCUGCAGCCCUUGUAUUGACUACAGCCGAUAACGCUAAACGAUUGAAUCUAAAGCCCCUGGCGAGAAUUGUUGCUUUUCAAGAUGCCGAAACUGACCCCAUCGAUUUUCCUGUGGCUCCAGCUUUGGGAAUUCCUAAGUUACUUGAGCGUUCGGGAUUAAAUAAGAACGAAAUUGCGCUCUGGGAAAUAAAUGAAGCAUUCAGUGCUGUCGUGCUCGCAAAUCAGAAGAUCCUAGAUCUCGAUCCCAGCAAAGUAAAUGUGCACGGAGGAGCCGUAUCCCUAGGUCAUCCCAUCGGCAUGUCCGGAGCAAGACUCGUGGUUCAUCUGGCGCAUACCUUAAAAGCUGGAGAGAAGGGUGUUGCCUCUAUCUGUAACGGCGGUGGUGGCGCAUCUUCAAUUUUGAUUGAAAAGUUGUAAGUUUUUGAGCUGAGUUUCAAUCCAACGUCUGCAUUUGUUAUCUAUCGCCUUUGAAAAAUUUUAAGACUGUAAUUCAAUGAAAUAUCUGUAAACUAUACAUCAGUAAGUAAUGCAGCUCGCAAAUUGUUAAUCGGUCGAUUGUCAUUGCACCUGCAUACAUACAAAUAUCCGUCAUAUUCCAAAAUAUAUUUUUCAUGUUUUCUACACUGA